CCUCGCUCCCUCAGCCCAAGGCCGCCUCCUCCGCUCCAGCAUCUCCCUGUCCGCCCGUCUGUCCGCCCGUCUGUCCGCCCGUCUGUCCGCCCGCCCGCUCCCGGCUGCGGGGCGGCCUCCGAGGGGUCCCCGCGGCGCCGCAUGCGGCCCGCGAGGGGUGGCGGGCCCCCGGUGCCGGCGGUGAGGGGCCAUGGCCGCCGCCGGAGCGGAGAAGGCCGGCAAGAAGAAGACGGAGAAGAAGCUGGCGGCCCGCGAGGAGGCCAAGCUGCUGGCGGGCUUCAUGGGCGUCAUGAACUGCAUGCGCAAGCAGAGAACUCUCUGUGAUGUCAUUCUUAUGGUUCAGGAAAGAAAGAUCCCAGCUCACCGUGUUGUGCUCGCUUCAGCAAGUCACUUUUUUAACUUGAUGUUCACUACAAAUAUGCUUGAAUCCAAGUCCUUCGAAGUGGAGCUAAAAGAUGCAGAACCUGACAUUAUUGAACAGCUUGUGGAGUUUGCUUAUACUGCAAGAAUUUCUGUUAACAGCAAUAAUGUCCAGUCUUUACUAGAUGCUGCAAACCAAUAUCAAAUUGAACCUGUGAAAAAAAUGUGUGUGGAUUUUUUGAAAGAACAAGUUGAUGCUUCAAAUUGUCUUGGUAUAAGUGUGUUAGCAGAAUGCUUAGACUGUCCAGAACUGAAAGCCACUGCAGAUGACUUUAUCCAUCAACAUUUUACUGAAGUUUACAAGACAGAUGAAUUUCUUCAGCUUGAUGUUAAACGUGUGACCCACCUCUUGAACCAAGAUACGCUGACUGUGAGGGCAGAAGAUCAGGUUUAUGAUGCAGCAGUCAGAUGGCUGAAGUACGAUGAGCCAAAUCGCCAGCCAUACAUGGUUGACAUUCUUGCUAAAGUCCGAUUUCCUCUUAUAUCAAAGAACUUCUUAAGUAAAACAGUUCAGGCUGAACCACUUAUUCAGGAUAACCCAGAAUGCCUUAAAAUGGUGAUCAGUGGGAUGCGAUACCAUCUACUUUCCCCAGAAGACAGAGAAGAGUUAGUAGAAGGUACGCGGCCAAGAAGAAAAAAACAUGAUUAUCGCAUUGCUUUGUUUGGAGGCUCGCAGCCCCAGUCCUGCAGAUAUUUUAAUCCAAAGGAUUACAGCUGGACAGACAUCCGAUGUCCCUUUGAAAAGCGCAGGGAUGCAGCUUGUGUCUUCUGGGACAACGUAGUUUAUAUUUUGGGUGGUUCCCAGCUCUUCCCUAUAAAGCGAAUGGACUGCUACAAUGUGGUGAAGGAUAGCUGGUAUUCCAAGCUAGGACCUCCAACACCUCGAGAUAGCCUUGCAGCCUGUGCUGCUGAGGGCAAAAUUUAUACAUCUGGUGGUUCAGAAGUGGGAAAUUCUGCACUGUAUUUGUUCGAAUGCUACGAUACGAGAACGGAGAGCUGGCACACCAAGCCCAGCAUGCUGACUCAGCGCUGCAGCCAUGGAAUGGUGGAGGCGAAUGGCCUCAUUUACGUGUGUGGAGGAAGCUUGGGAAACAAUGUUUCUGGAAGAGUACUCAAUUCCUGUGAAGUUUAUGAUCCCGCCACCGAAACGUGGACUGAGCUGUGUCCAAUGAUUGAAGCCAGGAAGAAUCAUGGACUGGUGUUUGUAAAGGACAAAAUAUUUGCUGUGGGUGGACAAAAUGGCUCAGGUGGCCUUGAUAAUGUAGAAUAUUACGAUAUCAAGAUGAAUGAAUGGAAGAUGGUGUCUCCAAUGCCAUGGAAAGGUGUAACAGUGAAGUGUGCUGCUGUGGGAUCUAUAGUCUAUGUCCUGGCUGGUUUUCAGGGUGUUGGUCGCUUAGGGCACAUUCUUGAAUAUAACACUGAAACAGACAAGUGGAUAGCCAACUCCAAAGUCCGUGCUUUCCCAGUGACGAGUUGUUUAAUCUGUGUUGUAGACACUUGUGGUGCAAAUGAAGAAACAUUAGAGACCUGAAGAUGCGUAGAAGAUCCUGAGAAAUUCUUCAAGGACUUGGGGAAAGAUGGCCAUUGGUACUUUGCUUCCAUGUUUUACUGAAUCUUGUUAUACCGAGUAAUAGGAAAAACUGAAAUGCAGUCUUUCAAUUUGUAUGUACAGCUUAUUGUAUAACACGGAUUUUUGUGAUGCCCAUUUUAUUGUCUGUUUUGAGAUGGGGAUGUGUUUUAAGAAUCCACUUACCUACCUGAACACAUAUGCCAUCUUCCUGUAAAAGGACUCUGUGUGGCCUUGUCAAAAAAUAGACCCAAACCAGUUAUUUAGAAGAACUCAAGGUAUUAGAUGAAGAUAACAUUGCUGGGUAAAUGACACUUACCCAAGCACAGUUACAGAGAUUCUUCCUUUGAUAAAGGUGAGUAAAGAUAGGUUGGGUCAUGAGAAACAUGAGCAAACUUUUCUCAUUUAUACAUAUCUGCAAAAAUCUUACUAGGAUGCAAUGACUAUUUUGCUCAGGAAAGACCAAGGACAGCAGUACUUAGAUUCCUACAGUGAAUGGGGAUAGAUUAUACAGCUCUCCAGAUUACAAUAGGUGUUUUAUUCUGGUGAUUAUCUUUCAUCAUCUGCAUGACUGCAUACCAAUUUUAAAGUCAGACAGGCCAUAUAUAGAGAGAUUUGAGAAAUACUUUGCUUAAUGUCAUCUUUGGCAUUUUGGGAAGCUCUCACAAAAGACUUUCCUAUUUUAUAAGUGGGGGGGGGGGGGGGAAAGGUCCACAGUAAGUGUGCACUAUAGGUCCAAGUUGGAAAUUCAAGAUAUCAAACUCAGUACAUCUUCCUAGGCAACCAGGCUGUACGUACUGUGGAUGCCAAACCAUUAUCAAAGAAGUGAAUAGGGAUGGGAAAGCAAAGUCAAUACAAACAAAGUAUUGAUUUUUAUUGAAAAUGACUGUUUUUAAAAUGGCACGAACCAAGUCAUUAAAGUUAUUUUGCAGAAGUCUUCUGAAGUUGCACAUGGUUAUUAAUCUCUGGUUUUGUAAAUGUUUCCAGCCAACAUGAUACUAAAUGUGAUCACAAUUUUUCUUCCAGCAUAAAGUUCAACUUGUCAGGC